UUGGAUGGGGAAGGACCUUAAAGCCACGGGCCUUUUCAGGAACGGCAGAUCGCUGUAUUGAAAAUACAUUUCCGCUCCCGCGCGGGUCUCCGGCGGCUGCAACAGGGACGUGCCCUGGACGUGCUGGGCUUUGCAAGAGGCUGUUUGGAAAGGGUUGGCGGGUGGAUAAAAGAGAGCGCGUGCCCCCCCCCCUCCCCGUCCCGCCUUUUAUCAGCUCUGAUGUGGGGCAGCCUCAGGCACUUCGCGGGCGGGACAGCACGACCGGCGCGCUCAGCCCUGCGAUCGGAGGCCUGCCCCUGCGGCGGCGCAAGGGCCAUUUUCAGAAGCUGCAGGCGGGCAGCCGCUGGCGAACGGCUCAAGAGUCUGCCCCGGGAGCAAGGUAGCCAAUGGGGAAAGGACAGAGGAGAGGCGGCCUCAGCAGCGGGCCAAUCACAGGCGCCCAAGUGUCUCAAUUGCGCUCGAACGCUCUUGCCAAGGCUGCGGCGCAGCGCGCUCCGCUGUGGGCGAAGGGGCGCAGGGCAGCGCAGCGCAGCCGGUGGCCGCCGCCCGAGCACCUCGGAGCUUUACGGCUGUAGCAUUCGCUGUCUCUGUCUGCAGCCGCUGUGCGACUGCCCCAGCCGUCAGGUGGCCUUCCGGCCACUGGCUCCUGUCCUGCUGGGGCACCACAUGCCCUCCCCCGAAUGCAGCGCGGGGCACCCCUGCCCAGCCUGCACCAAGCUCUUGUGAACGGACGGAGCCUUCCCUGUCCAGCCCCAGCCGGGCUCCGAGCACUGCAUGCGCACGGGCGACAGUCCCAAGGAAAGAAAAUCCAGAAACCCCCUCUUCUAGAUCCGUCUAUAAGAGCCAUAGUGAUUCCAAAGAAUAAGUUUGUCCUGGUGAAAUUUGACACCCAGUAUCCUUAUGGUGAGAAGCAAGAUGAAUUCAAAAAGCUGGCAGAAAGCUCAGCUUCCAGCGAAGAUCUGCUCAUAGCUGAAGUGGGAAUAUCAGAUUAUGGUGAUAAACUGAACACAGAGUUGGGUGAGAAAUACAAGCUGGAUAAGGACAGCUAUCCUAUUUUUUACUUGUUCCAGGAUGGGGACUUCGACAAUCCCGUACCUUACAGUGGCCAAAUAAAAGCCAGUGCUAUUCAGCGUUGGCUGAAGAGUAAAGGCAUCUAUCUGGGAAUGCCAGGCUGCCUACAAGAAUAUGACAUCCUGGCAAGCAAAUUUCUGAGCACCACUAAAGAGUUAGAGCGUCAAGCUCUUCUCAAACAGGGGCAGGAAAGUUUAGCAAAAGCCAAGGAAACGGAGAAGAAACGGGCUGAGCAGUACUUGAAAAUCAUGAGUAAAAUCCUGGAGCAAGGAGAGGAGUUUGCUGCUAAUGAAGUUGUCCGGAUCACAAAACUGCUUGAGAAGAACAAAAUGAGUGAUGGGAAGAAGGAGGAGCUCCAGAAAAGCCUAAACAUCCUCGCCUCUUUUCAAAAGAAGAAUAGUGAAAAAGAAGAGCUUUAACAGACUGGAGAACUUUGUACAAGCUGUGAUAUUCUGGCACACGGUCCCAUCCAAUUCUCCUUAUGCAAGCAAACUUUCCUUUGACCUCCAGGGAGCAGCAGAAUUCCUUCUAGUGUGCUUGGUGCUUUAGAAAACUCAGAGAAAGGCAUGUCGCCUUUGAAAAAUGACAGUAUUCUGUAGUAGGAAUUCAAACAAUCACCUCUUAAAGUGAAACUGAUGUGUAUUAGUUGAUAAAUACUAUUGCACAUAAAAAUACAUUAAAAACAGACUUCAGGUUGCAAAGUCAAGCACUCAAAAAUUUAGGAAAUAAUAUAAUUAAGCUUGCCUCUGCAGAACUAUCCCUCCACUGCACUGAAUGGGGGAUAGGAGUCCUGUGGAAAAAAAUAUGUGAUCAUGUAAUUAAAGACUAUCAUAAUGCACAUGCACAAUGGGGCUGAAUUGAGGUUGUACAGGAAACCUUAAUGUUGGUGUUUCCUAACUUUUGAGUAUUUGGCUUUGCAAUCGUAAUCUUUUAAUGUA